CUCUCACCAUGGUGUGUAUUCAUCUAGAAUAGGAAUAAUAAAGUCACUGUUCCGCGAAGGUCGAUGUAUUUUGUAGCUUCCAACCAUAUACUAGUCAUAUUGGUUGCAACAUCACAGCGGCGCAACCACCAUUUUGAUAUUCCAUGCAUCUCACCCCGUUUUGAGAUAGGGUGUGAAUGAUCUCGUCUCUCAGCAGAAAUCACAUCAUUGUUUUUAUCCAGGGGGAAAAAACGAGUCAAAUUUCUUCAAAAUGGCUAAAUUUGUUUGCAUAGUUGCUUUAAUGACUGUUGCUGUUGCCAUAACACAGGCGUUUCCGAUGCGAGAGAUGUCGGAAAAGGAAGCUCUCCUAAGAGAAAUACUGAAAAUGGAUGAAAAGUUUUGGGAUACGCUGUUCGGUGGCGACGACGAGGAAACGACCGAAGCACCAACCACAACACAACCCACGACAGAGGCGACAACCACAGAAGCGCCUGUCCCAAUUGUGGCAAUCAACAAACCAUACUCGGAUCUUACCUCAGCCCAGCUGUGCGGCAUGAUGCAGGGGUUGUACAAGAGAAGGGAGACCUUGGAGACCAAACGGGACGUGGUGAUCAACAUGAUGUACAAUCUCUGCUUCCCGCCAUCAGGUCUCGACGCUGCCGCAGUCUUGGCCAUGUUCAGCGGGAUCGCGCCGGACAUCGCGCCUGAAAGUCCUUGGGUGGAAGAAGAAGAACAGGAAGUAGAACCAACCGAAACAGUCGCAGAGGAAGAGGAGGAGGAAGGUGAACCAUCUCGUUGGAAGACGCUGAUUGAUCAGUUGAAAGAAGCUCAAAACAAGAACACAGGAACAGAAGAGGAGACGGGUGGUGAAACUGGAGCUACUGACACCGGAGCUGAUGCAAACGAUAACACAGGAACAGAAGAGGAGACGGGUGUUGAAACUGGAGCUACUGACACCGGAGCUGAUGCAAACGAUAACACAGGAACAGAAGAGGAGACGGGUGUUGAAACUGGAGCUGCUGACACCGAAGCUGGUGCUAAUGCUGACACCGGAGCUGACACUAACACUGACCCUGUUGCUGACACCAAUGCUGAUGCAGGGACUGGGAAUGUUGCAGAUACUGAAGCCGGUGCUGGUGCUGACACGGCUCCCACCAACGAAGAAGGCGGAAUGGCAGAAACUCAACCAGCAUCAGCCAAGCGAUUCGCAGAUGAGGAACUAUUGGAACUACUUCUGAAAGCAGUUGAACUAAACCGUGAAAAACACAACAUCUAGAACUUCUUAAAAAUAUAAAAUCUUUUACGUGUUUCAAAAGAUAGCUUUGGCGUCAUUCCUGAUAAAUCUUUAUUCUAUAAUGCUUUAUCAUUGAAGACUUUCCGAUAUUAAAACCAAAUUAUUUGGUAUAAGUUAAAAAAAGAAGAAGCUACACCCAAGGAAUAGGGACAAUGAAGACAGUAUCUCGGGAAAACAUUGUAUAAAGAUUGGAUCUUAGGGAUUUGUUUUCAAUUCAUAUAGGAGAAACAGAAAACCAAUAGUUACUCAGUUUUACACCCGAUUAUAAAAUAUGAUGUAACAAAUUAAUACUUCGCGCAAUUUAUAUGGGAUGGAUUUUUUUCGUGACUUGACUAUAUUUUAAAAAGAUUAGUCUUGUCACGGUUUUAUAAAGCAUCACAAUCAGUGCUCUAUGAUCUAGCUCUUUGUAACAUCAUUUUGUUUAAUUGUCUUUAUUAAAAAAAGAAGAAGAAAUUCAUAUAUUUGCUGCGGUGUAAGACCGAUUCUCUUUAUAGAUCAACAGUUAUGCAACGUGCUAUUCUAAUCCUUUUUCAUUUUGCACAUAAUUAUUUACGCUCCCGAUUAUACUUGUUCUUCAGUUCUUAUGACCAACAAUAGGAUAUAAAAAUGUGGUAUGUUGCAUUAUAUUCGAUGCAUAAAGUGGAAAAAAAUACAAAUAAUAUCUAACAUAAACACUUUUAAUAAAAUAGUUUACAAUAACUAAACAUUAGACUUAUUCGACCAUUUCCUAAUUAUAUAUGUAGAUGAACAUAUAUAUAUUACAUUCUAGUUGCACCGAACUGAGAUUUCAAGUCAUUCUGUUUUAAGAGUGUUUAACAACGAUGACACAGCCUUGGGCUUUAAAUGAUAAGAAUAUGAGCUUCGAUGUUAUUUCUGUUUAUGUAAACAAUAUACUUAAUGUGUAGAAUUUUUUGGAAAUAACUGUAUAUAUUGAACAACUCCGAUGUCUUUCAAAUACAGGCAAGAUAAAAUUCUUCAGUCUACAAAACGCUGAAGAGUGUAACAAUCAGUACUCAAUAAAAUACUUGAAAACGUUAA